GAGGUGCUGUACCACCUGGACAUCUACUUCAGCAGUCAGCUGCAGAGCGCGCCGCUGCCCAUCGUGGACAAGGGCCCCGUGGAGCUGCUGGAGGAGUUCGUGUUCCAGGUGCCCAAGGAGCGCGGCGCGCAGCCCAAGGCGUGUGACAGUCCGGCUCAGAAGUGUUCUGGGAUGAGACUUCGGGGACUGUCCGCUUACCUCGCUAAAGGCCUGUUACCUAGAGUCUAAAACUGUGUGGCCUCCGAGAUGAUACUUGAUGAGAUAUGACUUUUUCCUGAGCUUGGCAGUAGCGUUCCGCUCCCCAGGACCCGGGAUUCAGAGGGGCGAAAAAUAUCCUGGGAGACUGAAUUCACUUCAGGAGCUUCAGCUUCUUGAAAUCAUGUGCAAUUAUUUCCAGGAGCAAACCAAGGACUCUGUGCGGCAGAUUAUUUUCUCAUCACUUUUCAGCCCUCAGGGGAACAAAGCCGAUGACAGCCGGAUGAGCCUGUUGGGAAAACUGGUGUCCAUGGCGGUGGCUGUGUGUCGAGUUCCAGUGUUGGAGUGUGCAGCCUCCUGGCUCCAGCGGACACCUGUGGUCUACUGUGUAAGACUUGCCAGGGCUCUCGUGGAUGACUACUGCUGUUUGGUGCCAGGCUCCGUACAGACACUGAAACAGAUAUUCAGUGCCAGCCCUCGAUUCUGCUGUCAGUUCAUAACAUCUGUCACUGCGCUCUAUGACUUGUCAUCAGAUGAUCUCAUUCCACCUUUGGACUUGCUUGAAAUGAUUGUCAACUGGAUUUUUGAGGACCCAAGGUUGAUUCUCAUCACUUUUUUAAAUACUCCAAUUGCAGCCAAUCUACCAAUAGGAUUUUUAGAGCUCACCCCACUCAUUGGAUUGAUCCGCUGGUGCGUAAAGGCCCCUCUGGCUUACAAAAGAAAGAAGAAGCCUUGCUUAUCCAAUGGCCACGUCAAUAACAAGGUUGCAAAGGACUCGGGUGUGGGGAUAGACAGAGACUCCCACCUUUUGUACUCAAAACUCCACCUCAGCGUCCUACAGGUUCUCAUUACGCUCCAACUGCACUUAACUGAGAAGAAUCUCUAUGGGCGCCUGGGACUGAUCCUGUUUGACCACAUGGUCCCACUGGUAGAGGAGAUCAACAGACUGGCAGAUGAACUAAACCCCCUCAACGCUUCUCAGGAGAUUGAGCUCUCGCUGGACAGGCUGGCACAGGCUUUGCAGGUGGCCAUGGCUUCAGGAGCCCUGCUGUGCACGAGAGAUGACCUGAGAACCCUGUGCUCCAGGCUGCCUCAUAACAACCUGCUCCAGCUGGUGAUCUCGGGCCCAGUGCAACAGUCGCCGCAUGCAGCGCUCCCUCCUGGGUUCUACCCUCAUAUCCACACGCCCCCGCUGGGCUACGGGGCCGUGCCGGCCCAUCCUGCUGCCCACCCUGCCCUGCCCACACACCCCGGACAUACGUUCAUCUCAGGAGUGACAUUUCCAUUCAGGCCCAUGCGCUAGGCCAGCCCCUCCUGAGCCACCAUGCAGCAGUGUGCCUUCUGCACCUGAGUUGAGGAAGCCCUCAGAAGAGGGUAGUGGUCCCAAAAAGAGGACCCUGGGGAGGCAACAGGUGGCCCCUCCUGGCUGUCAGACCGUCUUGGUUCGGAAGUUCCAAGUGGUAGCAGUCCAGGUGCCUACCUGGUCACAUUCUUAAAAAUCCAGAUUGGAUGGAUGAAAGGAAAAAUGUACAGACCUCUGCCGAGAGUGCUGGGAGUGUUUUUAAGUAUGCCAGUUCCAUGAGCUUUGGUUCACUUGCGUGUCAUUCAGACAUGGAGCCUGUGCCAGGAGGAGCACCGAUGGGGAAGCUGCACCUGCAAGUCCACUUGUCUGGUCUCUCUGUGCAAACGUGACAUGGCUGCCAAAAACACAGGCUUGUGCUGCAGCUCCAUGAGCUCAUAGCUGGAACGGUGUGACCCAAGCUUGUGUGUGGCUCAGGGACACCUGUAGGGAUUUCCCGCCAUCUUGGAAAGAAACUUCUCUGGUUUAUCAGGUGUCUCUGAAUUUUCCUUUCAUAUGUUCAAAUAAAAUUUUUCUAAACAGUU